CGCGGGCGUGACCGCUGCUCGCCCCCCGCCAACAGCGCCGAGUGGACGGCGGAGCUUUGUUUGCGUCGGGCAGGGGCCUGCUGGUCUGCGGGGGUUUGGCUGCGCCCCCCGCCUUCGGCCGGCCGGGGAAGGGCGGCCCUGCAGGAGGAGGAGGCCCCGCAGGAGCAGGACGGCGCGGGGCCUGCACGGGCCGCGAAGCCGGGGAGUCGCGUGAGCGCCGCCCGCCGGGCCGGUCCUCACCGUGCGCCCAGGCCUCGGGGCUAGCGGUUCGGCUCGGGGUCCGCCGGGACGCGGCCCUCUGAAGGAGUAAACAGGUCAUGGCACGCUUAACAAAAAGACGGCAGGCGGACACAAAAGCUAUCCAGCAUCUUUGGGCAGCCAUUGAGAUUAUACGGAAUCAGAAGCAAAUUGCCAACAUUGAUCGUAUUACAAAGUACAUGUCUCGAGUCCACGGUAUGCAUCCAAAAGAGACCACUCGUCAGCUGAGCUUGGCUGUGAAAGAUGGUCUUAUUGUGGAAACGCUAACAGUGGGCUGCAAAGGUUCAAAAGCUGGUAUCGAACAGGAAGGAUAUUGGUUGCCAGGCGAUGAGAUUGCCUACAGUAUGCAGCCUUUCUCCAGGACAGCAACCCCAAACAAGGACUGGGAAACAGAAAAUCAUGACUGGUAUUGUUUUGAAUGCCAUUUGCCUGGAGAGGUGUUGAUAUGUGACCUGUGUUUUCGUGUGUAUCAUUCCAAGUGUUUGUCUGAUGAGUACAGGCUUAGAGACAGCAGUAGUCACUGGCAGUGCCCAGUUUGCAGGAGCAUCAAGAAGAAAAAUACGAACAAGCAGGAGAUGAGUACAUACCUGAGGUUCAUCGUCUCCCGCAUGAAGGAGAGGGCUAUUGACCUUAAUAAAAAGGGGAAGGACAACAAACACCCCAUGUACCGGCGGCUGGUGCACUCGGCGGUCGACGUCCCUGCCAUUCAGGAGAAAGUGAACGAAGGGAAGUACCGAAGUUAUGAAGAGUUCAAAGCUGAUGCUCAGUUGCUUCUACACAACACAGUGAUUUUCUAUGGAGCAGACAGUGAGCAAGCUGACAUAGCAAGGAUGCUCUAUAAAGACACAUGUCAUGAGCUGGAUGAAUUACAACUUUGCAAGAAUUGCUUCUAUUUAUCAAAUGCUCGUCCUGACAAUUGGUUCUGCUAUCCUUGUAUACCUAAUCAUGAACUGGUUUGGGCUAAAAUGAAAGGUUUUGGAUUCUGGCCGGCCAAAGUCAUGCAGAAAGAGGACAAUCAGGUUGACGUCCGCUUCUUCGGUCACCACCACCAGAGGGCCUGGAUUCCUUCUGAAAACAUACAGGACAUCACAGUCAACGUUCACCGGCUGCACGUUAAGCGCAGUAUGGGCUGGAAGAAGGCCUGUGAUGAGCUGGAGCUACAUCAGCGCUUCCUUCGUGAAGGGCGGUUUUGGAAGUCUAAGAAUGAGGACCGAGGGGAGGAGGAGGCAGAAUCUAGCAUCUCCUCUACCAGUAAUGAGCAGCUAAAGGUCACUCAAGAACCGAGAACAAAGAAAGGACGACGUAAUCAAAGUGUGGAACCCAAAAAAGAAGAACCAGAGCCUGAAACAGAAGCAGUAAGUUCCAGCCAGGAAAUCCCCACGAUGCCUCAGCCAAUCGAAAAAGUUUCUGUAUCAACUCAGACCAAGAAGUUAAGUGCCUCUUCACCAAGAAUGCUGCAUCGAAGCACCCAGACCACCAGUGACGGAGUGUGUCAAAGCAUGUGCCACGACAAAUACACCAAAAUUUUCAAUGACUUUAAAGACCGAAUGAAGUCUGAUCACAAGCGAGAAACUGAAAGAGUUGUACGAGAAGCUCUAGAAAAGCUGCGUUCUGAAAUGGAAGAAGAAAAAAGACAAGCUGUAAAUAAAGCUGUAGCAAAUAUGCAGGGUGAGAUAGACAGAAAAUGUAAGCAAGUAAAGGAAAAGUGUAAAGAAGAAUUUGUAGAAGAAAUCAAGAAGCUAGCAACACAGCACAAACAACUAAUUUCUCAGACCAAGAAGAAGCAGUGGUGCUACAACUGUGAGGAGGAGGCCAUGUACCACUGCUGCUGGAACACAUCCUACUGCUCAAUCAAGUGUCAGCAGGAGCACUGGCAUGCGGAACACAAGCGCACCUGUCGCCGGAAAAGAUGAAGGCUGGUUCUUUCUGGAGAAUCACUGACGAUUAUUCUUCUCAGACACAGCGGUUUUUGUUUCCAAGAAGCCAAAAUUGUUUAGAAUUUGCUUCCCAUUUUGCACCAGCCUUUAAACACUUUUCGUGAAGAAAUUUUGCACAGUAGUUAAAUCUUUUGUUAAUGCUCCUCUGGAGUUUUUCAGGGGGUAAAAGUAACAUCAGUGGAGGGUAUUAUUUUAAAUAAAUUUUAAUUGAGAGUUUGUUGCAUUUUCAGCAAAUUUUAAAACAUUUUUAGGUUUUACAGAGAUUUUAACCUUUCAACAACAGAUCUUUAAAAAAACAGCAGGUGAAUACAAGUGAGUUUAACAAAGAAACAUUUAAAAUAGAUCUGAAUGUAAGAACUACAGAACUGUUUCAGAAAUAAAGCAUACUACCUUGAUGUGAAAUUUAUUUCUUAACCUUGUUGAGCUGGUUUUGUUCAGCUUAAUUUACUGUUUAAAGGCAUUAUCUGUUGGUUAUGCCAGUGGGUAUAUGAUUGAUUGAAUUUAGGGAACAGGGUUGACACAGCAGGUGCUAGUCCUGCAUAUUUUUUCUUAAAUAUUUCCCAAUUGUGUUUUUCAUUAUUUCUUUUCAAUAUAUAACUUUUAUAACAAAUUAUUAGCUUUGAUCUUGUAGUUUAAAAUUGCAGGGAACUGGGGUAAUCUUUUACUGAGCUGGAUCUUAGAGAAAAUGAAAUAUUUAAAUCUUAAAGUUUGCACAUUUCAUCUUUGUCCUAACAUGAGUGCUUGUAACAAAAUAAAAAAAAAAUAAAAAGCCAAAAACUACCUUUAUCCAUACACGAAAUUAUAGAUGAGGCAUACAAAUUUCUUUAAUGCUUCCCUUCCCUUCCCAAAUAUCAUGUGAUUGAUUGAUUGAUUGAUUGCCUAUUAUCUGGUGUCACCUCUUACAUUGUAAGUUAAUACUGAAAGGAAAGAAAGCACUUAAGUUUCACAGAAGCCGUUAUGUUUGUUUGUAGUAGUGGGUCAUUGCCUACUAAUGAACUCCACCACUGUACACAGAAUGAAGAAUAAUGCAUGUUAAUUUUCUUGUAUUAAAGAUGCCGUGAUUUGUAAAAAGUCUGUAUUUUGCGGAAUGUCUGGAUUAAGAAGCAUUACCAAUAGGAAUGGAUCGAUAGUUGAAUAAUGAUUUUUUUUUUAUACAUAGACAUAUAAAAUACAGCCAGGAAAACUUAAAUUACUUUUUACAAAAAAAAAAACAAA